GUUGCAACCGCAGACUCCACACCGCAAGAGCCCCUAGAGCCCCCCCCCCCCCCAUCCAUCCAUCCAUCCAUCCAUCCAUCCAUCCAUCGCUCGUCGGCAUCCUACAGUCAAACUCCAUCAUAGGACCCACUUUUUCGUUCGGUUCGUAACAGGCACUUUGAUCAACGAUCGGCGAUGUCUGGAAUCGCCACCCGAGAUAGCCAGGGCAACAUUCGUGUGGGAAUACCACGCUGGAGAUGACUGACACCUCGGCUGGUAAAGCGGGCAAAGUCUCCUCCGCGCAGGCACAGGAGGAUAAGGAAGGCAACAAGGGUGCCCCUUACUCUCGUGCCGCUAGGGCCGGGCUCCAAUUCCCAGUCGGACGUAUCCACCGGUACCUCAAACAACGAACCCAGAACAACGUGCGCGUCGGUGCAAAGGCUGCCGUCUACUCUGCCGCCAUCCUCGAAUACCUCACCGCUGAAGUCCUCGAGCUCGCUGGAAACGCCUCCAAGGACCUGAAAGUGAAGCGUAUCACGCCGAGGCACUUGCAGUUGGCUAUCAGGGGUGACGAGGAGCUGGAUGGCUUGAUCAAGGCGACUAUCGCGGGUGGAGGUGUCAUUCCCCAUAUUCACAAAUCCCUCAUCAACAAAAACACGAAAGGAGGAAAAAAGGGGGCAGAAAAAGGCACCGCUUGAAGCACACACGCGACAAAGCCUCCACCCUCCGGUGCCCCGCGGCACGUAUAUAUGUUUUUUCCUCCCUUU